AUAAAAUUCUGGACCCUGUACAAAGCCAUUCUCCACUGGCCCGUCCCUGCAUCCAUGGCAAUUCAUUCUAGAAUCAUCUAGCCCCCCUCCACCACAUCAGAGCCACACAGCGUCGAGGAGGAUCUGCCGGACAUAAAGGAACGUGUUUUAACAGUGCCUUCUCGCCCAGGGGUGUGCAGUGGUGUGUAUGAGAGAGUGUGUGUGUGUAUGUGAGCCGGAACUUCAGGAGACAUGUCGGACCCCAGGGACAUCGACGAGGAUGCCAUCCUCAAGGGCCUCAGUGCAGAGGAGCUGGAUCAGCUGGAGUAUGAGCUGCAGGAGAUGGACCCUGAGAAUGCAAUGCUGCCCGCUGGCUUCCGGCAACGUGACCAGACGAAGAAGAGCCCAACAGGUCCAUUUGACCGUGAAGCCCUACAGCAGCACUUGGAGAAGCAGGCCCUGGAGCACGAGGACAGGGACGACCUGGUGCCCUUUACUGGCGAGAAGAAAGGACGGGCCUUUGUGCCCAAGAAAGCAGCAGAGAUCCCUGAGCACGAACAGGUGAUACUGGAGCCGGAGCUGGAGGAGGCUCUGAAAAAUGCCACCGACGCAGAGAUGUGUGAUAUCGCAGCUAUCCUUGGAAUGUACACGCUGAUGAGCAACAAGCAGUACUAUGAUGCUUUGGGCACCACAGGCACAAUAGCCAACACAGAGGGCAUCAACAGCGUAGUGAAAGCAGAUCCAUUCAAGAUCUUCCCCGAUGAGCCGCCAAACACCACCAACGUGGAGGAAACCCUGGAGAGAAUCCACAACAACGACAGCAGCCUGACUGAAGUCAACCUCAAUAACAUCAAGGACAUUCCCAUCCCAACACUGAAAGAGAUCUUUGAGGCGAUGAAGGGAAACUCUCACGUGGAGUUUCUGAGCAUCGCUGCGACCCGUAGCAACGACCCUGUGGCCUAUGCAUGUGCUGAGAUGCUGCAGGAGAACACCAGCUUGCAGAGUCUUAAUAUCGAGUCCAACUUCAUCACUGCAGACGGCAUGAUGGCGAUCAUCAAAGCUAUGGCCAACAAUGCCACACUGGUGGAGCUCAAGAUUGACAACCAGAGGCAGAAUUUGGGAGACUCGGUUGAGAUGGAGAUCGCCUCCAUGUUGGAGAACAACUCUAGCAUCCUCAAAUUUGGCUACCACUUCACCCAGCAGGGUCCCCGCGCCAGAGCUGCCAUGGCCAUCACACGAAACAACGACAUGAUUCGCCAGCAGAGAUUGAGAUAAAAGCAACAAGGAGCAAACAGAAGAACAACCCCUUCUGCCCCUUAGAGGCUGCAAACAGACUGCCCCCAACAGCCUCCUGCCAGCUUUCUCAAUGUGGUGCCAUAGAGCUUAAUGAAACCUUGUAAAUGAAGCUGGGUCGUUGUAACCCACCUAACAUCCAUGUCCAAACAUUUCAUUUCAUUUGCCGCAGCCAGCUUUUUGUAGACUGCUGAAUUCAUCAUAAAGGCAUGUCUAGGUCACAAGCAAAAUGUGAAGUGUCUUUUUUUGUGCUUUUAGUUUGUGCAUCGCCAACAUCAUCCUAAACAAAAGGUUAACUCUUUUCAUUCAUUAAAAACAUUUUCAAUGUGGUGCUAUUUGUGGGAAGAAAACAAUCUGUAAAUACUUUAAAUAAAAAUAUAUAUUCAA